AUGCUUCUCCAAGGACCAGAAGUUCUAUUUAAAGUGGCCCUGAGCCUUUUGGGAAGCCAUAAGCCUUUGAUUCUGGAGCACGAAAACCUGGAAACAAUCGUUGACUUCAUUAAAAGUAUUCUUCCCAAUCUAGGCUUGGUACAGAUGGAAAAAACCAUUAACCAGGUAUUUGAGAUGGAUAUUUCCAAACAGCUUCAAGCUUAUGAAGUUGAAUACCAUGUCCUUCAGGAUGAAUUAAUAGAUUCCUCUCUCAAUGACAAUCAAAGGAUGGAUAAACUUGAAAAGGCCAACAGUAACUUGCGGAAGCAAAACUUUGAUCUCCUUGAAGAGCUGCAGAUGGCUAAUGGGAAGAUCCAAAACCUAGAAGCCAUGAUCGAGGUUCUGCUUAACAGUGAAGGCAAAUUGAACCAGACCAUCCGCGCUCUGGAACUGGAGAGGAAAGCGCUGUUAGAAAAUCUCAAGGAAUUCCACAUGCAGUCAGUAAACUCCAGUGGAAAAACUCUUCCCUCCGAGCAAGGACGCACAAAUGCAGCUAACUGAGAAUUUAAGGCUCAGCAACUCUUUUCUUAAGCAACUCUUAGAUUUUUUUGUAUUGCCCAUGCCUUACCUUUUCUUCCGUUUCUCAAAUCGUGUUGCACAGAGGAGGAAAGUGUUACAGUGCUUACUAAAGAUCUUGCUCGUCUACUACGUCCCAAAUUUUUUUCACAUAGUAUACCUACAGAGUACAAUUAUAAGCUUUGUUAUAAUUUGACACAUUUCCACCUGGUUGUAAACUUCUGGAGUCCUUUACCCUAUGGUAAUUGCUUGUCAUUCUAAGGGUUUCACCGAGGUUACACCAAAAGGGUUUGGAGGAAAUUCCAGGCUAAACCUCAAGGGCUGCAAAUUUCUCAAGGAAUUUCAAUUUUAGGAGCAUGCUGGAGUGAUUUAUUUCCCAUUUCAGGGGCUAAUGUGUAAUUCUUUCUCCAAAGAGGAAAGUGAAUUCUACUUACUCACAGUGUGUUUUUAAAACUUGCCAGGGGGACGCUGACAUCAUGAACCACGAAGAAGCCAAACAUCACCCUAUAAUUUUGGGGACUACUCUUUGUUGUUGCCAAUGCGAUAAAUAUGGUUUUCUGUUACUUUUAAUCUAAUGUUGUAUCAUGGUUGAAUGCUUUGAUAUCAGGGUCAAGGAGAUAGCUUUCCUUUUCUCUGUAUUGGCAGAAUCUCAAGCUUUCAUAUCUUUAUAGUUGACUAUGCCUUAAAAUGUUGUAUUAUUUAUUUUUGAUUCAUUGUGCCACAAGCCUUUGUUUUCUGAAUGCAAAGCUAGUCGUUUCCCCUUUUAAUUCCAGUUGCUCAGUCAGAUAUCAAGCAAUUGUAGUUGAUAACACUUCAAACAUCACCUUUAAAAAUUCCAGAGCCACUUAACAAAUGAAAGAUAUUCCUAUACAUGUUGCACUUAGAAGCAUAUUACACUGAAGAAGAUUAUGGUUUUAAAACAGUUUUAUAAAAAAAAAAUAUGUUUUAUUAUUUUUCAUUAGGAGUGCAGGCAUCGUUGUGCACUGAAAAUAUAUCCUUUUUCUGUCUGUGGAAUAUUGAGAUAGUUAAAAGACUCCAGGUAGUCAGCAAAUAUUCUAGGAUUCAUCACUGUGCAAUCAAAAUUUUAAUCAGAAUGAUUGGUUAAGAUCACAUUUACUGGUAUUUGUUUUCAAACAAAUGUGCAUGUUGGUGAUUUUAAAAGUUUUAACCUAGUUACACGAUGAUGAUGAGACUCAUUGAGUGGUUUGCCACUGAUUGAAGUAAAUCUGCACUUCUAGGGGUAUUUGCACUACAAAUGUAACUCAAUUAAACAACUCUUUCAUCCUGGGGGAGGGGAACAGUUCCAUUUUUAAUGGUAAUGGUCUCUGAAAGAUCAUUUUUAAUAUCCUCGUUGAAUUAAUUCAUUUGACCUUUGAAAGAAAAGCAUAACAAACUAGCACGUCUCCCCUCCCUGAUGUAGUGUGGUUAUUUUUUAAAAAUAAGAGUUGGCUGCAUUAAAUAAGCAAAGGUUCUUUGUUUUUAAAAAGUUAUGCUGGCUCCUUGGAAAAUAACGGUUGAAAUUCACCACGUGGUUUUUUUGCAUUGAUAAAUAUUAGAAAUGACAAUCUUAUUGACUUUGCUGUUGUUUGGUUUGAUGUUAAGGCAUCAUCACGCACAUGUUUAUAUCUUUGUUUUUCGGUAAUUAUUUCAUAUUGUCAGAUUCAGACACCUACUACUGUCACUGUUAGUAUGCCCAACAGCAUUGGAUUUGGACUGACAUUACCCCAUCUGUAAGUUUUUUGAACACUUAAAAAAAAGCAAUAAACAUCAAAUUCAUGUGUGAUGAUCCAAAAAUCUGGAAAAAAA